AUGAAUAAGAUAGCAUGUCACCCUUCAUAUAAAAUAGCAACAAUCAAGAGUAGCCCACAUAUACCUGCAACAUUCGCAAACUAUGAACCUGUGUAUAAUUGGAAUUCAUAUAUACAUCAUUUAAAGCAAACGCUUAGAAUAUCAAACUUCGAUUCACAGCUAACUAAUGUUGAAUUAAAAAUACCAUCUAAUUCAUUAAGCAACACCACACAUCAUACAUAUGCUUGCUCAAUAUCAAACAUUUUGAUAACUCGUGGGAUAGCAUCAGAACAAGAUCCUAUAGUAACAGAUAUAUUUAAAGAAAAACAUUUAUAUGCGGACUGGAAUACAAUCAAUUGGUUCACUCAUUUGCAUCAAAACCGAAAAUUCUUAAACCAUGAUAAAUUUCUUGCAUUGAUAAGCAAUAAUUUCCAAAUUUCUUAUUCUUUGGAUGUACUUUUAAACAAAGCUUGGAAGUCUUAUGUUCAUUCUGCAUUUUUACAUCAAUAUAAACAAUUUGGUUUAGAAGAAGAUGAUUUUUUACAAGCAUUCGCAGUGCUUGAAAAUGUUGUAAAAGAUUAUAAAGAAUUGGUUCCUCAUGCAAAGAAAUAA